AUACUUCUCGAGUCAGUAGCGCCUAAAGUGAGAAGUGAACAUACGCAUACUCAACGUCUGCCUCAAAAGUUUGUGGUGUGAGGAUUCGCAACCCUAGAGUAUCUUUCUUAGGACAAGUAAGCAAGAAUUCAAGUUAUUACUUCGCGGUGAAUCCUCCAUACUGGUAUUUCUGGGAGGUCGUUUGACCGGCAUGGCUUGCUAGACCUAGCGCGGAACAAGCUCUUUGCUGGGAGAAGCCAGGUUAGCAUCGUAUGAAAAUACGUACCUUAUACCGCAAAUGAAAGGAAACAGAUUUGUUUUUUCAUUAUUCUUCCAUUUUUUUUAUCUGUUAGACCCAAGUGCCCACAAUCAAGCAGGCAACGACACAAUCUAUAUUUGUUGGACUCGGCUCUUGCUGACUGCUGACCGCUUCUCCUUUGAAAAUCAACCAUAUUUCACGAUCGCCAUAUCCAUGGGUAAACCUGAGCAGUCAUGUCAUGAUAAAUCAAGCCCCCAAGGGAUUGAGAUAGACCCCAUAUUCCCCACUCUUAAGUCCGAUGUCCUGAGGUUGUCCUCAUCAUCGGAGCAUUUAAUACCGGGAAUAGGACGGCUCAGCAUUGGCGCCCCGAGUCACCCAGGGGCUUGCUCUAGCGAGAGGAUCCGUGAAUGCCUAGGUACCACUGGCGAACACACCGAGCUGUAGUAUCGAUGGUUAAAAGGGGUGUUAUUUUCGGUGUAGAUCCUAAGCGAA